GAUAAGGUGGACCGACUCAGGCAUUGCAUAGAAAGGCUAAAUAUUACACUUGAUGGGAAUUUAAUUGGAUGAUUCCGAUAUUGUUCAGUUCAGCAUAUUUGAAUGUGACCACUUUAAACCAACAAAAUAAACAAAUACACCCAGAUAAAAGAUUCACUGCUUCCCUUUCAUAAUUCUAUUGCUGGUGGUGGAAAAAGCAUUUGGACCUUGAUUGAGGAUUUUGAUCACAGGAAAUAGAACUAAUCAAUUGAAGACAAAAAAAUAUGGAAAAGUCAAACAAAAAGAUCUUGGAGGAUUUCUCUUUGGUCAGAAUUUUCUGGAGGGGGAGAGGGGGUUGCAUCAUGACUUCAGCAUUCCCUAAAAUUACAGCUAGGCCCUGCUUAUAUCCUAUUUAUAUCCACUACAGCUCUUAACUUUUGGUCAGUGUGGUGCCACAGGUUGUUCUCUGCAGGUGUUCUGGAUACACAUUUCUCAUCCUGGGAGAGAGAAGGGAGACAGGCAGACAGACAGACACAGAAGACUGUGUUUUGUCUCAAUAAGCGCGUAUAAGCCAGGACUGGUGAUUUGGGGAGGCAGGCUAUGUUGCACUUGGCGCUUUUGUCCCUGCGCACUGGACGCCCCCCUCCUCACCGCCCCGCUGUGUUUUGGUGCUCAGCGCUCACACCUGAAGUGACAGAGGAGGAGUGAAUCUCGGAGCUGUGAUGAAGACAGCGCACAGAGCUGCUCAGACUGCUUCUCCUGCAAAGCUAUUGCACGGCACAUUUGGAGGAACAAGUCAGAAGGGAAAUAUCCAACGGGAGGGAGGGGAUGCGCGCAUGUGACAGGCUUUGGACGUUUCCAUUUGUACCCGUCGGGUUGGGAUUUGAAUCUCUCUAUCGAGGACAGCUGCGUUUUUAAAAAAUCACCCGUGACUGGCAUUGUCAAACAUUGCACGCCUUGUCCGUAGCCUGCGGAUCGUCACAGCACCAUGCGAGCAGGAGAGACGCGCCCUGUGCCAUGCUGAACAACUCUCCGACUGUGCUGCUGGCGCUGACCGCGGUGGCCGGACUUCUCCAGCGAUGUCAAGGCUGGAGCGACGAAGACCUCCUCCUGCCGCCCAUCAACUCCUCCAACAGGUUCCUGGCCAACCUGGAGGUGGACGUGCGCUUCUCCAAGAGGUCUGUGGAGGAGAGCGAAGCCUCGCCCGACGCCUCCACCCUGCAGACUCUGUCCCAGUGCAACGUGAGCGUCCAGAGACUCCUUCCCACCUCGCUGGUGGCUCGCUGGGACAGCAGCUUCGGCUUCCAGUGUGAUGUGCUCAUCUACACCACCAACAACCACGGAAGGGCUUUUUUCUCCGCGUCUUUCAACAGGGCGAUCUCCCCCGUCGUCAUCGAGCACCUCGGGGUCACCGGGGGUCAGCAGGAGUUGCGGCUGUGCGUGGGAUGCGGGAUGUCUCGCUACCGGAGGUUUGGUCAGGGCAGGUCGAGAGGCCAGCAGACCGGGGAUCAGGUCACUUUCUGCUGCGUGGAUUUCAGCCUCGACGAGCUGAAGGGGGACAAAAGUUGGAGGCUGAACAGAAAGCCCAUCGAGUCCACACUUGUGGCUUGUUUCAUGACUUUGGUCAUCAUUGUGUGGAGUGUUGCUGCUCUCAUAUGGCCAGUCCCCAUCAUUGCAGGAUUUCUGCCUAAUGGGAUGGAGCAGAGGAGACCGAGAUAAUUGAAAUAAUCUUUAUAUUAAUUAGCCUGUGCUGCCUAUACUAUAAUUGUAGCCAUUCAACUGUUCACAUGAAGGAAUGAUGGCGGAGGAUUGGAGAACUUUUUGAUGAAAUGGUUUAGUUUGGGGUGUUCUUUGACCCUUAAUAGACCUCCUCCUCAUUAGGACAACCAAGGUAAUGUAUGAAGACUUAUACUAGCCAAUAGUAUUCUAUACUGGGACCAACACCAAUGUGUUUUGUAUACCCUUGUAGGCCUUCCUAUAGAUUAUGUCAGCGUAAACUGUGCAAACUUUUCUCUUUGAGCUGUGUUUGUAUAGUUUUUAAUCUUUCUAGAAAGUCUUUGCCUUAUCCCAUGUGUAGGACUUUUGCACUGAAAACUGAACUUUAAGGUGUGCCGUCACAUACAGUACUAUAUAGUGAACCUAUAGUCAUGUUCAGAGUAAGUGUAAUAGUUUUUUUUCCAAUACAUUCUGAAAAAUGGGUGUUGUUUAUGAUUGACAUAGAGAGAGUUUCAAUAUUUAUAUUGUUAGGUUUCUAAUGUCAAGUUCAUUCGUGCUUAUUUGUAUUAAUGUUUAAAUGAAAAUAAAAUUGAUUAUAGGCUAUAUCUCA